AUGAUUUUAAAUACAAUUGAUUCCGAUACUCUUCGCCUUCAAUCUCUUGGUUAUAAACAAGAAUUAAGACGAGGUUUUACUCGUUUAACUAAUUAUGGAAUGUCAUUAUCAGUUAUUAGUAUUACAUCUGGUUUUACAUCAUUAUUUUCAUAUGGUAUGACAACAGGUGGCCCAGUUGUUAUGAUAUGGGGAUGGAUUGUAGUUUGUUUUUUUACUCUUUUUGUUGGUUUUGGUAUGGCAGAAAUAUGUUCAGCUUAUCCAACAUCAGGUGCUCUUUAUUAUUGGACAGGUAUACUUGUACCACAACGACAUAAAGCAUUAGCAAGUUGGUUUACUGGAUGGUUUAAUUUAAUUGGACAAUUUGCUAUAAUAGCUACCAUUGAUUUUGGUCUAUCUAUGUUGAUAGCAAGUGUUAUUUCAUUAAGUUUAAAUUUUCAAUGGUCACCUGAACCAUAUCAUAUUAUUCUUAUACAUCUCGUAAUCAUAAUAAGCCAUGGAAUAUGUAAUUCAUUAGGAAUACAUUUUCUUUCUUGGUUAACAUAUAUAUCAACAUGGUGGCAACUAUUAGCACCGAUUAUUGUUUCGUUAGCACUUCUUAUUAGUGCUAAACCAGGUCAUCAAUCACUUAAAUUUGUUUUUACAGAAUUUAAAAAUGAAACUGGAUGGACAAAUAAAAUUUAUGUUAUUUUAAUUGGUCUUUUACCAGCUCAAUAUGUUCUUACCGGUUAUGAUGCAUCAGCUCAUAUGACAGAAGAAACUAAAAAUGCUGAUAAAGCUAGUCCAUGGGGUAUGAUUAGUGCUAUAUUAGUAUCUACGAUUAUUGGAUGGCUUUUUCUUAUUGCAUUUUUCUUUGGUAUACAUGAUUAUGAAGCUACAAUAAGAACAUCAACUGGUUUUCCAAUAAUACAAAUUUUACUUGAUAAUUUUAAUAAAGAGUUAACAUUAUUUUUUAUGUGUCUACUUUUAAUAGCAUGUUGGUUUUGUGGUUUAACUUCAGUAACAACAAAUUCAAGAAUGAUUUAUGCUUUUAGUCGUGAUAAUGCUAUGCCCGGUUCUCGUUGGUGGCAUACAAUUCAUCCUCGUAUAUCAUGUCCACUUAAUGCUGUUUGGUUAUCAUGUUUUAUUGCAUUUCUUCUUACACUUCCUUAUCUAGGUAAUACAAUUGCUUUUGUGGCUAUUACAAAUCUAUCUACUAUUUGUUUAUAUAUAUCAUAUAUUUUGCCUAUUGUGUGUAAACUUCUUUAUCCGAAUGCAUUUCUUCGUGGUCCAUUUCAUCUUGGAAUAUUUUCAACAUUUAUUAAUAUAAUUGCACUUCUUUGGAUUUGUCUUAUUAUUGUUCUUUUUGUUCUUCCGCCAAUUUAUCCAGUUACUGCUAUUACAAUGAAUUAUGCAUCAGUUGGUGUUGGAAGUGUAAUUAUAUGUGCUGGAUGUGCUUAUUUUUUAUCAGCAAAAUAUUGGUUUCAAGGACCAAUUACUAAUAUAACUUUCAAUAAAGAAAAAACGGAUUUUAUCAUAAAAACUUUCUAA